AUAAGAUUCCCUUCUCUUUCCCUUCCACUCUCUUCCCGCAUUUUCUAGGUAGAAGCCUCUGUACCUACUUAGCUGCUACUAUAUUCUAAGAAUCAAAGACAGAACGUAGCGUAACGACAGAGCAAAUCAAUUCUCCAAUGGCGACGACGACGACAGAGCAAACCAAUUCUCCAAUUGCGACGACGACAGAGAAACCAGUAAUGGUGGUGGGUAUAGACGAGAGCGAGAUCAGCUUCUAUGCUCUUGAUUGGGCUCUCGAUCACUUCUUUGUCCCCUUUGCUUCCAAUCCUCCUUUUAAGCUUGUUGUAGUACAUGCCAAGCCUUUUCCUACUUCGGUUAUCGGAAUCGCUGGACCUGGAAUUACCGAGGUUUUGCCCGUUGUUGAGGCGGAUAUCAAGAGGAUUGCAGCUAGGGUUGUAGAGAAGGCCAAGGAGAUCUGCCGCAAUAAAUCGUUGCAUGAUAUAGUAGUGGAGGUCGUGGAAGGAGAUGCUAGGAAUGUUCUCUGUGAGACCGUGGAGAAACACCAUGCAUCCAUAUUGGUGGUGGGCAGUCAUGGUUAUGGAGCUAUAAAAAGGGCUGUUUUGGGCAGUGUUAGUGACUAUUGUGCUCACCAUGCUCACUGUACUGUGAUGAUUGUGAAGAAGCCCAAGUCCAAGCACUAAGCUCUCCAGCUAAUUGCAGGGCUUGGAUGUCCAUUCUAUUCAUGGUGGUGUUCACUAAAUAUCAUCGACAUGUCUCUGUUUUGUGUAAAUCAGUGACUGUUCGUGUGUAAGUUCAGUAACACUAUAUAGUUGUGACUUGAUAUGUAUAAGAACAGUGUGUGUGAGGAUUAUAUAAAGAUGCCACUUCAGCUUUGGGCAAGAAGUGACCACUGUACUCACCAUGCUCACUUUACUGUGAUGAUUGUGAAGAAGUCCAAGCCCAAGCACUAAGCUCUCUAGCAAAAUGCAUGAGCUGAUGGAUGUCCAUUCUAUUCAUGGAAGUGUUCACCAAAUAUCAUUGACAAUGUCCCUAUUGUGUGUAAGUUUAGUGACAUUGAUCGUGUGUAAGUUCACCAACUCUAUAUAGUUGUGAAUUAUUAAUAUCUAUAAGAACAGAGUGUUUGAGGAUUAUACAAAGAUAUCACUUCAGCUUUUUCCUCUUC